AUGGAGUACUGCAAAUCCAAGGUGAUCCUGGAUACAACCCUGGCGGAGCUUUUUGCCCAAGACAGCCAAGUUAAUGACAGGCGGACAGUCUUGGUCCCAUACUACUGGUGCUCGGAUCUCGACUAUACGGACUCCAUCUCGAAAACGUCCAAAUACCUCUAUCAAGGCACAAGCCCACCAAAUACCAGUUCAGAAAUCCGUGAGCUCGUCAUCCAGUGUCUUAGCUUAGAGAGCCAGCGAUUUACCUUCGCGGCUGGAAAGAUGGAGACCGUUCUGUUCGACUUUGAACAUCAAGCUGGCAGGCUUGAUGCGAUCAGGACGCUAAGUGUUCUGCCCGAAUCACAAAGACCAGAAGUCACCUUCGUCGCCGGCAUCGAUGAUCUAAUGCGUAAGAAAUCGAAAUCGCAGCUGGUCAUUGUCGCUCCUCAUGAGCGGUUUUCUCCCCAUCGACAGACGAUCGAUCCGGAUGUUCUUUACCAAUUGCUCUCGAAAAGGUGUCUCGCACUCUCCGGCCUUCCCACACCGCAGACUGCCAUUCUCGAUUUGGACGACUGCUCAGGUUCUGUGGACCGCAAGCUUUCCGUGGCUGCCUCCUGGAUUCGUGGCUUUGGUCUUCCUCGCGUUUUUAAAACGCAGCAAGGCAUGUCAAGUUUUGGCACUUUUCUCGUCCGGACAGAGCUUGAACGUGAAGACUUAAUCCAGUCUCUGUUGGGGGGUGUCCUCCGUACCACGUUAGAAAGCGUUAAUUCGGCAAAUAUACACCUUAAACCCUCUACACUCCUCUCCCAACAGAUGAUCUCCCAAUGCUCCGCCUGCUUUUCCACAUCGUUCUUCGUCCGCAAGAAUGGCGACUUCACCUUCCUCGGAGCCUGCCGGCAGGACUUUUCCGAAUCGAACAUAUGGCUGGGCGCGAGCAUCUGCUACCUGGAACAAGACUGGCUGCAGCAAAGACUGUGCACCAUCAUAUGCCAGACCUCGAGGUAUCUCCAUGAAAGAGGCUACCACGGCCCCGCGGGCGCUGACAUCAUAGUCGAAGACGCUGAUGGACUCCAGCCUUCCCGGCAAUGGAUCGUCGAUCUCAAUGUACGCAUGACGGGCUCCCUGACACUGGCCUUCCUUCGUGGGCAUUUUUCGGUGAAAAGGGGCUUGCACGAGGCUUGUAUCACACAGAGGUUCAAGCUGCCUCUAAAGAGGGUUGAGUUCUGUAAGGCUUUUGCAAGAGAGAUCAGAGAAGGUAGACUCAUCAUCGUGGCAUGGUUCCAUGAUACAACUAGUGGGUUCAGCUGGGCUAACCUCAUAGUGGGAGCAGAGGAUGGGUUGGAGUUAAAGCGCUUAAUGGGAAUGGUAAAAGCUAGAGCUGUAUAA